UGACGGGCUACAUACAUGUUGGGACGAACUUCACAUCGUGCACCCUCGAAAAAAUAAGUCACCGGCCGCCACUGAUAUAGAGCUGAUAAAAACCCUAAUGACCCCAUUUUGUGCUGUUAAAAAAAAGAGGCAGGUUAGGGACGAUGUCCUCUGAGCCCCAGGGCCUGUCUUUCCCAUCCACAAACUGCAGAAGCUCACCAAUACCAUCUCCAGGCCAUCUACACAACUUUAACCACCUAGGGACACCCUGCUUCCAGAUGCCAGAAUCACAGUGUCACCAGAGCAAUCUUGGGGAGGGAUUUGCACCAUAUUCUGAAAUAAAAAGCACUCCCUACAGGCAGAAGAAUGCUAUUGCAGAGCGCUUUCGUAGACACAGUGUAGAUGGAUCCCCUAUCGGACAGGAACCGGGUCUGGCAGAGAGACGUCACUUUUAUCCAUAUAGUCGCCAGUGCAGUGAAGGGACCGUUCCUCAGUGUCAUCCCUUAAGAUGUCUCAGGUUGGCUGGUAAACUCACUUCAGCUGUUGGACCGGAAGAACAUUCACCUUGGACUCCAUUGAGCUCUGAUGUGGACACCUCCAGUUUUAUGGGAACUCAACAAGCCUAUAAUGAGCCAGAGAUGAGAUCCGAAGAACCUCCCAGCUACACGUCAGUUACCCAUCAGACGUACUGCACGCUCAGUCCUUUAGAACAACAGUUUUCAGGUGUGUACACCUCAAGGGGAAUAGACAGUGUUUCUCAAUAUUGUAACCAAGGGCUGUCUUCACAAACAUCUCAGGACAGUUCUGCCCCGCCACCGUAUCCUAAACCUGUUUACUCUUAUAGUAUUCUCAUCUUCCUGGCUCUAAGAAACAGCAAAACAGGCAGUCUGCCAGUAAGUGAGAUCUACAGCUUUAUGACGGAUCAUUUCCCCUACUUUAAGACAGCGCCCGAUGGAUGGAAAAACUCUGUCCGACACAAUCUCUCAUUAAACAAGUGCUUUGAAAAAGUGGAGAACAAGAAUGGGAACUCCUCUCGAAAGGGCUGCUUGUGGGCCCUGAACCCAGCCAAAGUGGAGAAGAUGCAGGAGGAGCUACACAAAUGGAGACGUAAAGACCCCAUCACUGUACGGCGCAGUAUGUCCCGACCAGAGGAGUUGGAACGUCUGCUUGGGGAAAGACCAGAAAAGUUAAAGACUCUUGGUGCUCACUUCAGUCUACAAAGCAGUCAUACACAUUCUCAUCCAUUAAGAGUUGGCAUGUAUCCAUCCUAUGGACAGCCACCUGUCCACGAGUCCAGUAUCCAGCCUCAAAAGUCUCCCUACAGCCCCCUGUCCCCUCAAACAGUCCACCCACCUCCGCCCUACGUAUCCCCAGAGCAUUUAGCUUUCUCUUUCUACUCUCCUCUCUCCCAGCUUCCCUGCGCUAGUCAUCCUCUGGAUUCCCCCUUACCAGCCCACACCCCACCGAGCUACAGCACCGCCCUGCAGGCCAGUCUCGGUACUGCAGGGGGUAUGCAAGAACUUCUGCUGGAGGGGGAAAUGAGUAAUGACGUCGAUGCAUUAAAUCCUACCCUAACAGACCUACAAUUACAUGGACAUCUUUGGGAGGAGCUAAGGAAUGACAGCCUCGCUCCAGAUUCCCUGGUAGUCAUGGACACAUCUCCCUCACCACCUCACCUGAGUCCCACACAAGGUGGUGUAGAGUUCUACGGUCCUCCUUCUGGGGAGUUAGGGUCAGUGGGAAGUGAAAGUGGGGUGCAAGGCAGCAUUUCUGAGCUGUACCUUGGGCUCUACACGACUUCUUUUUCCAGUGCAGACAGCAUGCCAGGUCUCAUCUCCACCUCAGGAAACACUCCCAUUCCUCUGUUAUGAGAAUAAAACCUUCUAGGUUAAUUUGUAUACAGUUAAUACAGUAAUUGAGUCAAUCCUGUAUGAAUAGGAACAUUUAAGAGUCACACUUGUUUCUCAGUCCAAAACACUGACUUUGUGAAUGUCAGUUUAUACUUUUGAUUAUAUUUCUAUGCUAAAUAUUAUCUUCAGUUGCUAUUUUGGUCAAUUCCCAAAACACCUGUAAGUAUUUGCAAUGCUCAAAAUCACUUUUAAACAGGAAACUUGUGUAACAAGAAUGUGGAUUAAACUGUUAAUGUCUUCAUAAUGUUUACUUUUUGUGCAAAUGAUAUUGUUUUUCCCUAUGAUGUUUUGGUUGGUUAGAUUUCAAUGAGGCAUUUCAGGCUUGCUGUGAUGAAUGAGUAGUAUAAUUUUUAUAGUCAGUAUUGAUUUUUAUGUUUGCAUUUGCCAUGGCAACCACAGGGGUGUGUGGUUGUCUAUUUUUCUACCGUUUUCCCAUAUAAACGCAUGGAAAGACAUUAACAGCAAGUUAAAACAGCACUUCUGAAUUGGCAGAAGCAUAUGUCACAUUAAUAUCAGUGUGAGUUCGUCAAACAAUCAUAUGCAUCAGAAAAAAAUCCAACAAAGCCUUACUACGUCAAUCUGGUGAGCACUUCUGAUUUAUUGCACUAGCAGAGUCAAUAUCAACACCAGAUCUAAGUUAUGAGGCUUUUGAGAAAACAUCUGAAAUUGGUUAACUACUGUAUGCAUUUUGCUCUAAUCUAUGUAUACAUAAAUAUAUGGCAAAUGUAUAUUACUGUAAUUUAUUUCUACCCUUGGUUUAUCAUAUAUUGUACCUUUAUUUGUCUGCAAUUUUAAGUAUACU